AUGUCGAUAUCGUUGGAACUAGUUCUUGGGACUGUUGUUGAGCCAAGUGAAAAACGGUGCAAUCCUUUCACGUUCUCUCCAAAAUCUCAGUGGUGGAGCAACAUCCGCGAUAUGGGAAGCGAUAAUUAA